AUGUCGGACCGUGUUAAGACCCACCAAGGACAAGAAAAGAAGCUUCUGUAUCUUCGUGGAUCUAACCCUGAGUACAGCAACACGAUGCCUCCUACUGGCCCGCGUCUGUACCUCCGCGGUAUGUCAAACCGCAGCGACGAAACCGACCAAGACCGCGGCGACGGGAAGUCCCCUCGAGGCAAGUCAUCCGGAAACCCCAGCACUCCUAACCGCCGCAGCACAUUCAACCCACAAGCUGACCCCUUCACUCCCACCACGUCGUCGUCGUCCACUGACCCUAGCUCCGCAGGCUCGUCUGCAAAGAAACCAAGCGUCCAGGAUCAGCGCGAAGAACGGCUGCGUCAGAUCAAUCUCAUUGAAGAUGAGCGCGAUCGUGAGGAUGCCAUGAAUGACUUUAUCUGGGAUCAGCAUACUGAUUGGACUGCUGAGGAGUUGGAGAGGGAGAAGGAGGAGUUGGAGUUGGAGGAGCGAAGACGGCGGUUUGCUCGCCGGUAG